CUAGAAACAGAAAAUAACAAUCAGCCUCUACUACAUCUUACAUGUUCUACUCCUUAUCCUUAUAGAUAUAUAAAUAAACAAGCGGUGAGAGGAUUAUUUCGCGCAUCCAAAAUAAAAAAAUGUGCUCAGUCAUUUUUAUUGAAUUUGUUUUAAAGUAUCGGUGUGCUUUUUCUCUCAAUAAGUGCAGAAUAUUAAUUUUGUAUCCAAUGACAACGAUCUCACACCGAUUUUAUGACAUUCAGUCACUAAGUCACUAGAAGCAAAGCAAUUAUUCAUUAAAAUAAAGAAAUUAUGAUACUUACUCUUGUUUGGGGGCAGGCCUUUAUGGAAGAACGGCAACCGCAGCGAUGAGGAAAGAAAAAUAUGUAAUUAGAAUCAUAUUGAGUACUAUGAAGAAAUAUACAUAUACAUAAGCACAAUUACAACGACAUACAGAUAUAAGUUGAACAAGACUUACUGCUUACUUUACAAUUUUUCACAAUUCUCUAGGUACUAGUGUCGUAGAAGGCAUAACGUUAGUCUAGGGUACACACAGUUUUGUUAGCUCAAGCUAAAAAGCGUGAGUUACGAGCGAGAAGCGUUAUAUAGAUCUUAGACUAAAAGAGUGAAGAAGGUGCAAGUGUCGGAUCAACGAAAGGGCAGUCCACUUACUUCCUGCAACAAAAGAGAGAAUCGGGGUGGGUGCGUGCAGCUAAUAUCGGUGAAGGAAAUGAGAAGGGGCCAAAGUUACCGUGUCUUUCAUUUCACAUCAGUCGGACACUCAGAUGAUCAGUCAAAAGGUUUCAAGAUAUCGAAAAUAAUAGUCUAGGCUAGGCAGAUUCCAGGCUUUAUGAGGCUAGAAUGUUUCAACUCAAACGGAAAAGAUCUCUAAAACCAAAUUAGGAAGAGUAGGCGCAAAAGGACUUACGUCUCCGGGACUUCUUCUUCUACUUCCUCCUCCUCGGAGCCACUGCAAAAUUACAUAUAUUAGAAGAUUUAGAAACAAUAUUCUGAACGUGCGGCUUCAUUUUAUUUAAAGACAAAAUGAGGUAGUUAAAAUAUUCUGUGAUAAACUAUAUGAAAAAUGAAUUCUUCUAAUGAACCCUAUGAUCAAAACACUCCUAGGCGACGACGGCUUGGUAUAAGGAAGAGUUAUAAAAUAAGUGAAGUUUCUAAAAUAAAUACUUCUCUUAUAAAGAGUAACCCAGUAAACCAACGACUUAAUUUAACGAAUAAUAUUAGGUGUGAAUCGCCUCCUUUGCCGUGCAAUCAGGUAGAAUAUAUCUUGGGCGAAUCCGCGGAUUCAUCUUUAAGUAGUGAAAUUCCUUGUUCUCCAGGGAUAACAGAUUCUUGUUUCAUAGAAAAUAUCAAUUGGGAUUCUUUCGUAUAUAAUAAAAAAGACAAAGAUAAAAAUGUGGACUCAGCUAAUUGUUCAAAUGUUAUAAACACAACAAUUAAAGAAAAAAAUACUCAAAAUGAUAUGUGUUAUUUAACUUCAAACAGUGAAAAACUAUUUAAAGACGAAAUAGAAGAGAGUUUUGAUAAUAUAAACCAAUCGAUAUGCCAACAUAAUAGUAACAAUGUUAAUGCAAGUAUAUUAUUUGAAACUAAGGACUCAUUUUUACUAGACAUAAGAGAAAGUGGUAUCUUAGCGGCCGAGACAGAAGAAAAAUCCAUUUUUGUACCAAAAGCAAAUCCAGUUACAAAGCAUGAGGGUUUUUAUGGCUUGCCAAUGAUUGUCAAAGGAUUGUUUAAAACUUAUAGAAAUAUUGAACAGUUGUAUGAUUGGCAAGAGGAAUGCCUUAAUCUGCAGGCUAUCAGAGAUAGACUUAAUUUGAUCUAUGCUCUACCGACAAGUGGCGGAAAAACUCUAGUUGCUGAAGUACUUAUGUUGAGAGAAGUGAUCAAUAGAAAACAUAAUGCCAUAUUUAUACUGCCCUUUGUUGCUAUAGUGCAGGAAAAGAUAUGGGCUCUGGCACCAUUUGCCCUGCAACUGGAGUUCUUAGUAGAAGAAUAUGCAGGAGGAAAGGGUCACCUGCCACCAAAGAAAAGACGAAAAAAGAACACCAUAUAUAUAGCCACCAUAGAAAAGGGGUUGGCGCUAGUCAGGAGUUUGAUAGAACUCAACAGACUCGAUGAAGUUGGACUCAUUGUUGUUGACGAAUUGCAUCUCAUAGGAGAGGCGGGUCGAGGCAGUACGCUGGAAACAUUACUGACUACCGUCAUUUUCGCUAAUAAAGGAAUCCAGAUAGUCGGAAUGAGUGCAACGAUAGGUAAUCUGCCAGAUCUAGGACGAUUUUUGAAGGCUGAGAUAUUUGAGAAGCAGUUUCGGCCAGUGGAGCUCAAGGAGUACGUGAAGCUGGGAGACGUGCUGUACAGGCUCCGCGAGGAUAUGGAAUUGGUGGUGGAGAGGAAACUGGCUUAUGAUUACUCUCCGGCAGCACUGGCCCUGGACCCGGACUUCCUGGGCGGGCUGGUGUCGGAGGUGGUGCCCGGGGGAUCGUGUCUAGUGUUCUGCCCCACUAAGAGGAACUGCGAGAACGUGGCCGCCUUACUGUGUCGGUUACAGAGAAAAGACAUGUCCCAACAUCGUACUGAGGAACGUACCGCUUUGCAACGCUCUCUGUGUAACGAGGGCGCGGCCCCGGGGCUGGUGGGUGCUGCGGCAGCGGGAGUCGCCUUCCACCACGCGGGGCUCUCGGCUGACGAGAGGUCGCUCAUUGAUAAUGCCUUCAGAUCCGGCGUGAUAUCAGUCAUAUGUUGCACGUCAACACUAGCGGCGGGGGUCAACCUGCCGGCGAGGCGGGUCAUAGUCCGGGCUCCUCUAGUCGGUCGCCAGUUGCUCUCGAUGGGGUCGUACAAACAGAUGGUGGGCAGGGCGGGGCGGGCCGGCGUCUGCGAGGACGGUGAGAGUAUCCUCAUCGUCUCUCCUCGCGAAUGGCCCGCGGUGCGAACACGGCUGUCCGAGGGUAUUCCUCCAGCUCUGAGUUCUCUCAAGACGUCAAUAGACGAGCUGCUGCUCAGCGCUGUUGCGCUCAAUUUAUGCACAGACCGAAAAGCGCUUAAAGCUCUUCUAGAGUCUACGCUACUGGCUAUAGCGCCGGAGGAGGGUUCCGUGGACAUUGAUGAAGUGUGCAACGAGUCCAUCGGCUCGUUGUUGAGGAGUGAGGCGCUCCAGGUGGUGGGUCGGGACGGACACGUGAAGGAAGACGAGCUACAGCUGGCGGUCAGCACGGUCGGUCGGGCGGCCGUUAAAGGUUGUUUAGAUCUCACGACAACGAAGCAGCUCAUGAAGGAGUUGGAGCAAGCGUCUCGGGGUCUGGUGUUGAUGGGCUGUCUCCACUUACUAUUCCUGGUGACUCCGCAGGAGGUGUCUAUAAGACCCGACUAUAGACACUACUACACACUGUACAGUAACCUGGACGAGGAGGGGCUGCAAACGGCCAGGGUCCUCGGCAUCACGGAGGUCAACGCUGUCAGAAUGAUGACAGGGAAACCUAUUACGAACGUUUCAGAGAGCGUCUUAAACAGGUUCUACGUGGCGUUAACGUUACGAGAUCUCUACAGACGAAUGCCGUUCGCCGCUGUCUCGGAUAAGUACAACAUCCCCAAAGGUACUAUCAGUAGUCUGUUAUCGUCGGCGGUGGCUCUCUGUUUGGGAGCCCAGCGGGCGUGUGUCGAGUUGGGUUCUUGGACGUACGGAACACUGUUCGAUGAACUCGGUUCACGACUCAAGCAUUGCGGCGCACCGGAACUCGAGGCGCUCAUGGAACUACCCGCAGUUAAGAAGGGUCGCGCGCUCCAACUACACCGAGCUGGUUUCCGUCGCCUGGAGGACGUCGCCCGCGCCGCGCCCGACGACCUCGUGGCCGCCGUCACUCACCUGUCACGGACCGCCGCCAACCACCUCAUCAGUGCUGCCAGGGUGUUACUCAUUGAAAAGGUGGAAAACCUCCGCGCGGAGGCUGAAGACGUUAUGGAAGGAUUGAAUUUAUGAAAAUAAUAUAUACCGUGUGUGAAAUAAAUAGUCGGGGCGCUUAAAACGGGUGAUUUAGAAAUAAUUUUAAUAAAAAAAGCUAAAAUAAAUGUAAUAAUGUAAUGAAGUAAAUAUAUUUAUGUAAUAUAA